AUGGUCUCUCAACUUGGCCGAGGUGUUCCAGCCAGCAUGGCCGUCGAAAAUAGACCAGAAGUGCCAGUCUGUUUCAACACGGGCGUUGUUGUUCUCUCUAUCCUGAACGGGCACCUGGACGAUCUUCUCGCUUCUAUCGUCUUCAAUGGGGUUGUUACUUGGCAAUUGACAGAUAUCGUAUCUGACCACGCCUUUUCCGCGAUUGACAUUGUACGAUUCCUCAUACUGUCUCAAACGCUUGCUGACCUCGUCGUCGGUGAGCAAAUAGAUGCCCUGUUUGUUCUGUUGGGACGAGAUCCCGUCAAGUGA